AGCGCAUGACCUCCUUUCAAGCCUGCGCUCUGCCUGCCGGCCAACAUGGCGACCUUCGUGGAGAUCCUGAGGAGCGAGUUCCCGCAGCUGGACGCCGAGCUCCUUCAGUAUGUGACCGAUGUCCUGGACAGUGGUCAAUCUGACUUUGAAUCGGAGAAUGACUUGUUUGAGGCAGUGGGAGAACUUCUGCAGGAUGUGUCUGGAGAUACCAAAGAUGAUAAUGACAUCCGUCACAUCUGUCAGAGGAUGUACAGGACUAUGCGGAUGGAGAAUAAUCAUGUCCCGUCACAAGCGCAGGUUCUCCUAGAUGCUCCUAUCCAGCUCUCUCAGAUAGCCGAUUAUGAUGUUGGCGGUGAGGUCUUAAGUGUCUUGUUAAUGAAAAAGGACCAGUCUUCGACUGUUAAUGUAAAGAAGCUGGAAAAAGCAGAAGCCAAAUUAAAAGCAAAACAAGAGAAACGCUCCGAGCGGGAGACGCACAAAGGCAACGGGAAUGUUGUAAUGGAAGAAGCUUCAGCGAGUCAAGCUGGCAACAAAAAGGAAAACCGAAUUGAAACUAGUGGCAAGAACAAGUCAUAUGAUAUUAGAAUUGAAAACUUUGAUGUGUCAUUUGGAGAGAGGGUCCUUUUGACAGGUGCUGAGUUGCAUUUGGCAUCAGGGCGGCGAUUUGGUUUAGUGGGCAGAAAUGGUCUGGGUAAGACAACAUUACUGAAGAUGCUUGCAAGUCGCAGUCUUCGUGUUCCCUCCCACAUCAGCAUCCUACACGUGGAGCAAGAGGUGGCAGGAGAUGACACUCCAGCACUGCAAAGUGUACUAGAAUGUGAUACAUUACGUGAGAGUCUUCUGAAAGAGGAGCGAGAACUUAAUGCACGAAUCAGUGCUGGAAAGGGAGAUGGUUCAGAGAGCGUCCGCCUGUCCGAAAUCUACGCAAAACUGGAAGAAAUAGAGGCAGAUAAAGCACCUGCCAGAGCCUCCGUGAUCCUUGCAGGACUGGGAUUUAAACACACUAUGCAACAGCAAUUGACCAAGGAAUUCUCUGGUGGAUGGCGUAUGAGGUUGGCACUGGCACGGGCUCUGUUUGGCAGGCCUGACCUGCUUUUGCUGGAUGAACCUACCAACAUGUUAGAUGUGCGUGCUAUCUUAUGGUUGGAAAACUACUUGCAGACAUGGCCUUCCACAAUCCUAGUUGUCUCCCAUGACCGUAAUUUCCUGAAUGCAGUUGCAACAGACAUUUUGCAUCUGCAUAGUCAGCGCUUGGAGGCUUACCGCGGCAACUUUGAAAGCUUUUUGAAAACUAAGGAAGAGCGCCUGAAGAGUCAGCAGAGGGAAUAUGAGGCCCAGCAUCAGUAUCGGGAACAUAUACAGGUGUUUAUUGAUCGAUUUCGAUAUAAUGCCAAUCGGGCUUCUCAAGUGCAGAGUAAGAUUAAACUCCUGGAAAAACUGCCAGAAUUAAAGCCUAUAGAAAAGGAGUCUGAGGUGAUAUUGAAGUUUCCUGAUGGAUUUGAAAAGUUUUCUCCGCCAAUCUUGCAGUUGGAUGAGGUUGAUUUCUGGUAUUCUCCAGAUCAGCCAAUUUUCAAGAAUCUUUCUGUGUCUGCAGAUCUGGAGUCUCGAAUCUGUGUGGUGGGUGAAAAUGGAGCAGGAAAAUCCACAAUGUUGAAGUUGUUAAUGGGAGAUUUGUCUCCGGUAAAUGGGAUUCGUCAAGCACACAGGAAUCUUAAGAUUGGUUACUUCAGUCAGCAUCAUGUGGAUCAGCUGGAUCUGAACGUCAACUCAGUGGAGUUACUCGCAAAACGGUUCCCAGGUAAAACAGAGGAGGAAUAUCGCCAUCAACUUGGCAGUUACGGUAUCUCUGGUGAACUCGCAGUACGGCCAGUAGUUAGUUUGUCUGGAGGCCAAAAGAGUCGUGUCGCAUUUGCACAAAUGACAAUGCUUUGCCCCAACUUUUACAUUCUGGAUGAGCCGACCAAUCACCUUGAUAUGGAGACCAUUGAAUCUUUGGGACAUGCACUGAACAAAUUCCGGGGAGGAUUAAUCCUGGUUUCCCAUGAUGAGCGAUUCAUCCGCCUUGUUUGUCAGGAGCUGUGGGUCUGUGAAAAUGGUGGAGUGAGCCGCAUUGAGGGAGGCUUCGAUGAAUACCGUAAUAUCUUGGAGGAGCAGUUCCGCAAGGAGGGCUACCUAUAGUUUGAACUCUACAAGAGUUUGCCGAUUGCUCUUGCGUAGCUUCCUAGCUUCGCUGGUGUCCAGUUAAAUAUCAAGCAAGGUUCCUGACCUUUUUAAAGAAGUCAGAUGUUCAAAGAUGGGCUCUAGGACACUGCAGCUAAUGAGACUGAUGUUCUAGCUGAGGGAAGAUAUUUAUUACGCCGUCAGGACAGACUGAGCAGAGAUGGCUGUGUUUAUAUGAAAUGUAUGUUCUGCUGCACAUUACCAUUUCGUUACUCCUUUCUUUUAUCCCCUCGCUUGUCUUACAGCAGAUCCAAUCUUGUGUAGGAUCCUUUUUCUAUUAUUUAUUUUAACUGUAUAUCAAAGUUCGGAUUCUAAGGAGCUAACCCUGCAGACGGUCAAUGAUUCUUUCUAUUGCAGAGAUGUUUAUGUAUUUUAACCUUGUCUUGGUUCUUCAGUCCACUGUCGUCCCAUAAUUUUCAUUAUAAACUGAAAAAUUGUGUAAUAUAAUUAGUGGGAGUACAUGAUGUGUAUGACUUCAGUGCUUGUUAAAUUUUGUUAAAACAUUCUCCGAUUAUGUUGAAGGUAAGCCAGAGGCCAAGGUUUAUUCCCUGCUGAAUUUGUAUAAUAAACUUGCAAAUAUCCCCCCCCUUACUGAGUCCCUUCUACAGGUUUUAAUUGUCCUCGCAUCAGCUGUUUUAUCUAGGAGACCAUGGGCCGUUCUUGCUCAGUAGUAGUGUGCAGUCAACAUCUUGCUCAAUCUAAACCGCUAUCUCUUGCUUCCUGUUAAGUUAUUAGAGGUGCCAAGAGAUGGAGAUGUGAAGCUAACCAGAUGUAAAUAAAGAGCAAAUUCCUCCUGC